GUAGUCUGAUUUAACUUGAAAGUGAAACUUCAAAACUUGCGUAUAAAAUGCGCUAAAUUACUUUACAUUAAAGUGACAUUAAAUUUGGUUCUAAAAAAGUUGUAACGUAUUGUUGGAUUUAAUGUUUACCUUUUCGGUCUAACACUCGAAUCCAGAAUCUGCUUAUCGAUCAUCAUCUGAAAACUAUUCUGCGAACCCCGGUACUCACUUAAGAAUCAAAUCACUUGCCACUUUAUCUCAGAGAAUCAAUUCUGAAUAUCCAUUUAAACUAGUUAUAAGAUAGGAAGAAAAUGGAAGUUCGGACGCCAUUAAUUGGCCCUGGUAUUCCGUUUUCAAAGCAACCGUCAAUAAAGUUUUCUCCGGAUGUGGAAUUCGUUUCUGAUUUCGGCACCGAUGAAAAUUCGGGACAGGUGAAACCAAAGAGUGAGAGUCAGUCGGCUGAAGACGUUCUGAACCAGUCGUCGAAUCUGAAUAGGUCAGACUCCACUGAGAAGAUGAUGGGAUCCCUUUCUGUGGACCUGUCGGGAUCCGUCCUCGUGCUUGAUGACACAAUGGGAUCUGCACAGAGCCUCACUCCGACACCGACGCUGCUGCGAUGUGAUUCCACUCCAACCCAGCAUAGAGCAAGCGAAGUGGAAUCCAUGCUGAGGCAAAAUCUGGCCAAUCUGAUAGGAGCCGAAGACUACUCGGGCUGUGCCAUUGUGACAAUACCAAACCGGGUGACGAAGCAAGAGUUGUCGACCAAUCAGAAUUCACUUCUGGAAACACUGAUGUAUUUCAGCUCCAUUUCCAAGCCUGAGGGCAAGUCGAAAGGUUUCACUGUAAUCGUAGACACUCGCGGGACCUUCGGGAAAGCUGUGAAACCCUUCGCCCGAUUCUUUGCCGCUCUUCCCGACUGGUUCAUGACAAAGCAACUAGUGUUUGUGAAGGCAGAUGACUUCUUGGAGAAGAAGAUAGCCAACCUCAGAAUUAAAACGAAGAAGAACCGCGAAAUGCCUGUGCAAACUGUGUCUGCGAAGAAGCUGGACAAGAUUGCAGACAAGAACCAACUUCCCUCUGAGUUGGGAGGCAGUGUGAACUACAACCACAGAAUGUGGAUCAACAACAGAAUAGACUUCGAAUCAUUCGUCCAAUCUGCAGACAAUAUUCUGGCUGUCUCUUCUCCCGAUGACAACCGAGUGCAGGAUUUGAACAAGGCCGCAGUCGCUGAUUGCUGCGAGAAAGGAGAGGAGCUUGUCAAGCGAUUGGUGAACUUGCCCGACCCCAAAUCCCUCCACACCUACCAGCCCGAAUCGACAGACCAGCGAGACAUGCGACUAACUGUUGAGUCAUAUCUCACGCGACUGGCUCCUUUCAGACCAGAGAAACCUGCCCCUGACCCAGGGAAAUCUGGAAGUGUUGUGAACGUUGGCACGGAGUCUGAGCGAGACGCAGCUCCUGGAUCCAAGAUGUCCGAAAAGAGGGAACUACUCGAACAACUCAUUCAGGAUGUCAUGAAGUUUAUCGACUGGAGCAGAAACGAGGGCGGGAGGCUGUUCGCUGGAGUUGUGGAUGACAUCGGGAAAAAUGAGCAGGAGACGCAAUCUCUACACACUCGAAAUGAGGCUCUCAUCAAAAGCAUCCAGAAGUACUUUGAGUGGUACGAAAAGAUGACGUCACAGUGUGAACAACUGAAGAGAGAGGGCUACAGGGGGGAGAAGGUGGACCAGCUGGCCUCUGAUCUGUCGAAUGCUUAUAGCCAGACACUGGGCAGAGCUAAGAAUAGAGAGAAGCUACUACACACUACACUCCAGUUUCACAAGCAGAAAAAGACAGUGCAAUCUGCUUUACAAAAGCUGGAAAAUGCGUGCAAAGAAGACGUUGACGACAAAAUGUCCAAACAAGACAGUGAACAGCUUUUGGCCAAAGGCGACCCAUUAAACUCAAACUUAGAAAGUUCCUUCAUGCAGCUGGAAAACCUCGGAGACACAAUUCUUGCCUUGUUAGGAAAUUUGAAGGAGCAGAGUCCCGAAACAGCAACUUCGCGAAAUAUGAUCAAAGACUAUCUGAUGGCGGCUGCAGAUCAAAGAGAAAAUGUUACAUCAUCGCACGAGUUAUGGAAAACGAGGAUUACGCAAUACUUAGAUCUGCUUGGCCUCGAAGAUAGUGUUCGCUCUAUCAUCGACGAGAUUGCAGAGAACUUCGGGUAUCUGGCGCAAACUUUGCAAGACGACAUUGCGAAUGCGACGUCUAACUUUAGAUCAUCAUUUGCAAUCAAAGAACCAAAAGCACGGGAUUUGUACAAUGAGGGUAUGGAGCAAGUUCUGAGAAUUUCCGUCAUUCGAUCCGACUUGAAACUAUCUCAGGAGCCAGUUGAGGACCUCAAAGAAGAUCUGGCAGCUACAUGGAAAAACUUCUUUGUCCAGUUUGCUGAAAAUGGAAGCGAAGACCAUGUGGUGGAAAUCUGCUGGCUACUGAUGGUUCAAAACUGGAAACUGGUCGAAAAGUUGUUCAAGGAGCUCAAAGAUGUUUCGAGUCGUGGUGACGAAGAGCAGAUACGAACGACGUUGAAUCGAAACUACGAGUUCAAGAGCAGCGUUGAGAUCUCUUACGAGCAGACUGAAAUAUUGACCAGUACUUUUGUGGAAAGGAUGAUGAUGAAGCAAACCAACGGCAGCGUGUUCUCCAAUGAAGAGGUUCUCAAGCUCAGAUCGCAAUUGGAUUCCCUGACUGAGAUGAAGAACUUCAUUGACCAAUCAUAUUCGAGCUUCGUCAGCCACAAGGAGGCAUACUCGUUCUUCCAGGUCAUGAUUGAGGCGUGUGACUGGGUGCGAAUCCGGAUCACUGAAAUGGUGCCAGCGAUGUUGGAGAUUGGACACACCCUCAUUGAGGCCUUGGAUCUCUACGAAGUACAUCAGCAAUUCAUGGAAAAGAUCGAGAAUCGACGCGAGGAGAUCAGAGAAGUGCUUCGGAAAGCGGACACGAUGGUGGAAUCGACAGACGAGAGUCAAAGUCAAGUGUACCAGGCCAUGGCCAUUUCACUCAAGGACGCCUGGAAGGAACUCAUGAUGCGGAUGGAGGAACGGAGAAUCCUCUUAGAACUGGUCAUCACUUUCUACCGGAGUUGCGAGGAGUACAACCAACAUCUGGACUACGCCUUCUCUGUAUGCCAGAGUACGCUAAUUGCCGAUAACAUAGAGCAAGUUCAAGUUUUGAUCGAAGAACAUCAGAACAUGAAGAAAGCAACAGCCGAGCAUUCUAUGAAUUCAAUCCAAAGUGGCCAGGGAUUGCUGGAUAAAAUAGUCGAGAUCGGGAGGAAUCUGGAGAACCAUGGACCCAGUGCUGUGUCGACAAGUGCAGGAGUUGAGAAGACUCUGGCAGAUCUGCAUGACAGGAGGAGUCUUUUGGAGGAGUUCUGGCUGCAGAGGAAGAUCAGACUGGAGCAGAGUCUGCUGAUAUUCCAACUGGACUCCGAGAUCCAACAGAUUACCAACUGGUUCUUGACUGUCGGUUCCGACAACAUGCAUCACGUGGACCUCGGCAACAACCCGACAGAAACCGAGAAACUCAUCCAAAUCCACCUCGAGUUCUCAAACGAAGCAAAGAUUAUCGAGGCACGAAUCACCCGAGUACUGCGGUCAGUCGACACUCUCAUUUUGACUGGCCACGAGGACGGCGACAAUAUCCGAGAACGUGUCUCUGAAAUCGAGAGUCUGAAUCGCGACAUUCUGACUAAAAUUGAAAGUCGACGAAAACGAUUGAUGUUAACUAUUGAUUUCUGGAACUGCGCUUCAAUUGCGUUCGACAGACUGGUAGAAAUCGAAGAGCAAAUAGAGGAGACUAUUUCGGUUCCAGACGGAACUAGUUUGGGUUCGAGCUGGAAGCCAGAACGACUGUCUAAAUUGGCCCAGGCUAUUCUGGAGUCGACGACACCGGCUAUCAGGGAGGGUCAUAUUAUCCUGGAUGCAUCUACUGUAGGAGCGGAUGGCGUGCGAUUCAUCGUAGAAAAACUGAAGGAGAGAUGCUCUCAUCUUAGCAGCAUUUGCAGUGAGAUCCGCAAAGAUAGAAGCUCUCUUUUUGUCAUGUACGACGAAAAGUUCUCUGUUGUCACCACCUGGCUAGUCAACAUCGGACUGGAUCUGCUCAACCGACGAAAAGUACUCGGCACAACCCGACACGCAGCUUCGGAUUUUCUCGACGACCAUUCUAGACUUCGCGAUGACUUGAAGACUCGUUACGUGGACGUCGAGGCAUGCGGAAGCACUGUCGAUUCCAUGGAGAUCAAUCAGGAGUCCGGGGCAGUCGAGGCACGUGGGAAGGUCGAGGAGUUGAAACAGAGAUGGAGGACUCUUGCCAUGUUCACAGAACAGAGGAUCUCAUUGGCUGAAACCUUUCUGCAAUUUCUCAGCCAAUCAACAGAGAUGGUGAAUCUCAUGGAUACUCUUGAGGAGUUGCUUAAAUUGGAUAACUGGAACCUAGAUGCGAGGACCCUGGAGAGCACCAGGCGUAUCUGGCUGGACAAGUUCCGGCAGAUGAACGAAGUGUAUGAGUCGGUAUACUUCAAGGGCCGAUGUUUCCUCAAGGACGCAAACACACAAACCCUGAAGGACAACCAGUUGAGCGUGGAGGGUUCGGUGGAGUUGGUUCAGAAGCAACUGGAGUUGUUCGAGGAGCGGAGGAGGAUCAUCAAUGACCUGUGGGACACUUGGAAGUUGAGGAUGCCCUUCACCGAUGACAUCCACUCACAGUGGGAUAUGUUUAAACAAGACGCCAACAAGAGUCUGAGUUGGAUGGUGGAGAUCCAGAAGAGACUGUUCGCGCCUCUGGUCAUCGGGGAUCCGAAACACUGCAGACAGACUGCUUACGUCAUGAAGGACAGACUGGCAGAGAUCAAAAUCACAUACAAACGGGUCACUUCUGAAGUGGAGCGAUGGCUGAAAAUGAGCGAGAUGCUCAACAUCAAACAGAAACCAGAGUCGGCCAGAAAGAAGUCCAGUGGGAGUCCCGUAGACGGAGAGGUGGACGAGACAGUUGCCAGAAUCCCCCAACUACUCAUUUCAGAGCACAAGUCCUACCAGACUAAGAUGGAGUUGUAUGAUUUGCAUUUGACAACUCUUGUUGAGUUUCUAUUGAAGUUGGGCGAUCUCUAUGAUGCAAUUGACGCCACUUAUUCGGAGGUUGAGAAAGCGAAGUGCAGUGUGGAUGAUGAAGAGAUUGUAGGGAAGGUGUUGGAGGUGUUACACUCCACGAGAGAGAAGGAGGAGAAACUUUAUGAUGGAACUGUGAAGAGUGGACACCAAUUCAUGGACCAAGUCAAUGACAAACAGUUGGCCCAGCCGGCGAAGAAGGAGACGAAGGCGAUUCUGGCUGACCUGGAACUAGACCAUCAACACUGGCUCCAGUGGUGUGACCAGAUCUCCGAGGAGCUCCAGUCCAGAGCUAGCAAUGCGACUCUUGCUAACAGAGCCAUUUACAUCCUGCAGUGCAUAGACCAGUUCAGGAAUGAAUUAGGAGACAUGGAGGGAGUGUAUGGGGAUGGAACGGACACUCUACUGCAGAUCAUCAAGAACUUCGAGUUGUGGCUACAAGACCUCAAUAAUUUUGAGAGAAAAGAUAUAGAACCGUUCUUGGAAUCGAUGCACGCUUCAAGCAGCCCUGGAGACAAUUCAAGCGGACAGAGGUGUGAACUUAAGUGGGAUGAACUUCAGAAAUUAAUCAAAAAGCACAAGUCGCUUCUGGAACUGGCUCGCGAGUACCACAUUCUUCUGGACGAAAUCGAAUCCAUAAGUGUGGAGUGCAGAGAAAACGUGAUUCAGAUCUCCAAAAAGACUCCAGGAGCUUCAACUCUGGAUAAAGUGAACAAAUUGUCACGUGACUUGGACAAUUGUGAGAGUAGAGUGGAUAAGCACUUCGUGGUUAAGUUGGACCGGGUCUACGAGCUGGCGAAGAUUUUAUUCAACCCUCCUCCGAAGUACCUGGACAAUCUGAUCACGCGAAAGAACGAACUGCAAGACUCUUUACUCACUGUCAGAAGCGAACUGAGGAUCAAACUGGAGCACUACACCUUCAAGGAGGAGAUUGAGAAAGUGGUGCAGCAGGGGGUCGUGCAGAGUGCUGCGGAUGGGGGGCUGAUGAGUAGUCUGCCCACUGUACCUCCGAAGACUCCGCCCAGAAUCAUCAGUGGGUUGGAGGAUGUCACUUUGCCCAAGGGAAAAUCUGCAGUCUUCAAAUGUCUUGUGAUUGGAAGUGCGCCAAUUAGAGUCUCGUGGCAGAAGGACGGCAAGAGACUCAUUGACUCGCCAGCCAAUCGAAUUUCAUCAAAUGGCAAUCAACACAAGCUCGAAAUGCCGAAGAGCGCUUUAGACGACACUGGAACCAUCACAGUUGUGGCUGAAAACGACUUCGGCAAAACGAACUCGUCGGCCUAUUUACACGUACAAGGUCCACAGGGCGUGCCGCCGACCAUCUAUAAGGUACCGGAGUUGCUCCCCACAGCCGAAGAAGGCUCCAAGAUCAGAAUCGACGCCGUCAUUUCGGGAACCCCGCCUCCUGAAGUCGUGUGGUAUCGUAACGGCCGAGAAAUCACUCCCGACAAUAAAUUUAAAAUUCGAUCCACACCCGAAGACGGAAGUUAUCAGCUCGUGAUUAACGACUGUGUUCGCGGGGACGCCGGGGACUAUAGUGUCUGCGCCACGAAUGAUCUCGGAGAAGUGACCAAGACGUGUAAAGUGACUGUUGCCGGGAACGCCAAACCCCCGAAAUUCCUGACCCCUCUAGCUGACGCGGAAGUCGAAGACGGAAAGCCGUUUAGAUGGGAGGUCGAAGUUGAGGGAAAACCGACUCCAGUUGUCAAAUGGUUCCGAGGAAAAAAGGACAUGGCUAAAUUCGACUGUGACAUCCAGCACGUGGGGGAGAUGUGUGCUCUGGUGUUGGACGAGAUCUUCCCGGAUGAUGAAGGGAAAUACACUGUGGUGGCUACGAAUGAACAUGGCACAGCCCAGUCGGAGGCGGUGCUCAGUGUCACAGAUAAUUGGAGAUAUCGAAAAAUAGCAGUUGUCGGGGAGCCGCCUAAGUUCGUUAAGAAACCACAAGACAAAGAAGUUCAAGAGGGCAAAUCAGUAGAGUUCAACUGCAAGGUCACUGGAACACCCAUGCCAGAGGUCAAAUGGGUGAACAAAGAAGGAGAAGAGAUCACAGAGGGCGAAGAUUUCAAACUGAGUUUCAAAAAUGGCACUGCGACUCUGUUGAUUAAAGAAGUCAUUCCUGAAGACGACGGGCGGGUGAUUUGUAAGGCGACUAAUAAAAUGGGGGAGUCUACAUGUUCAUUCUCCAUCAAAGUUCUAAGGAAGACGAAACCGUUCUUCGAAGUGCCCAUCAAAGACGUGAGUUGUAAGGAGCUGGACUCCUGCUCUUUCAACUGUACAGUGUCAGGAGACCCCAAACCAACUGUGCAAUGGCUGCACAACGGAGAGAAGAUAGAGCCAGACAAAGAUACCAAGAUAACGACAUCGGGCAACAAACACACUCUGCAACUAAAAGAGACCCAGUACGCGGACAGGGGGACCUACAAGGCAGUGGCCUCCAACUCCGAGGGGGAGCAGGGCUGUUCUGCCCACUUGGACGUGGAGGAACUACCGUUGCAUUUGAAACCCCAUGCGCCCAAAAUCGAGAAGCACAUGGAGACCCAGCUGUACGCCCAGGAGGGGGAUCAAGUAACGAUUGAAUGCGAGGUCACGGCCAAACCUGUGGGGGAGGUUGCCUGGUACAAAGACCGCAAAACCAGGUUGAAACCAGGACCUGACCUUAAACUGAUCAACAAUGGAAACACGUACACGCUUCAAAUCAAGAGCUGUAUAACACAAGACUCCGGACUUUACACACUCUUCGUGAAAAACAAGUUCGGAGAAGUAUCCGUCACUGGAACCCUGUAUGUGAAGGAAAAACAGGCUGAACCCGAGGCGCCUGAGUUUGUUGUCGGAUUACACGAAGUCGUUGCGAAAGAAGGCGAGUCGGUUACUUUUGAAUGUGUCGUGAAAGGAGUCCCGACUCCGACUGUUUCUUGGUUCCUCAAUGGAGAGAAAUUGACGGAAGCACCGGACCAGCAAAUUAGAAGAAACGACGAUAAACAUUUGUUGAAGUUGCACAAAUUGGAAAUUGAUGAUACAGGACCUCUUACAGCAACUGCGACUAAUUCUGCGGGAACUGUGAGCUCAACCGCGCCCCUUCUAGUCCAUGCACGAGAGAAGAAGCCAGUUCUAAUCCAGCCUCUGAACAGUGUGAAAGCCAGAGUGGGGGAUCCUGAGGCUGUUCUGGAGUGUAAGAUAGGCAAUGCUUCUUCCGGCUGCAAUCUCAGACUCCUCAAGGACGACAAGGAAGUCUCGCCAGAUGAAAAACACAUACAGCUUAUUGACGAUGGCCAGGAUACUUUGAGAGUGAGGAUCUCCCCCUCCGGCGGAAUGAAGGAGGGGGAUGGGGGGCAGUACUGCGUGGAGGCAUCCAACGGGGCAGGCACCGUCACCACUUCUGCAUUCUGCCAUAUACAAGAAAAAAGCUUGUCGUCUGACAACUUAGUCGACGAGACUGAUUUCCGAAUGUCUUCGUGCACAAGUGCCGCUCUAAUGCGUGCAACUAGCCUCUCAACGGGCGCCUUAGGGCCCGCAGACCCGAACAUGUAUGAAAAUGUGGAGGUGUUUUUGCCCAUACAUGAAGUCGGAAACAACAAAAUUGGAAGUAGCAGCAGCAAGACAACAGUGAUCCAAAGCGAAGAGGUAGUUACACACAUGAGUAGUGUGCGGCUAGAGUCUGACAACAGAGAGGCGCCUGCAUUCAUCAGUGAGCUCCUCCAACCCCCAGUUGUCAGAGUUGGACAGGAUGUCACUCUCGAAAUCAUUGUCAAAGGUUUUCCGGAUCCAAAAGUUCGCUGGAUGAAGGACGACCAACCAGUAGACCCCAAGAGGUGCAUUGUGUUGCGUGACGAGGGCAAGUGUAGUUUGCAGCUGAAACAAGUCACCCCCAAAGAUGAGGGGGAGUACUCCAUUGUGGCUGAGAACGGCGCGGGCAGAGCUCAAUGCACGUGUCAAUUGCUCAUCGAUGACUCAUCGAAUGCUCCCAUUUUCACCGAGCGUCUUGCCACCCAAGAAGUGGAGUUAGGCAAGCCUCUGGAACUGCACGUGUCAAUCCGCGCCUAUCCUGAGCCCAAGGUCACGUGGCUGCUCAAUGAUGAACCCUUCAAACCCCGAGUGGGGGACAGUGUUUAUCAAGAGGGACCUAGAUACAGGUGUUCGAUCAAGAGUGUGACCCCUGAACAUGGGGGGAAGAUAGCAGUGGUCGCGGAGAACGAGAGAGGCAAGGCGACCUCCUCCGCCGAAAUCAUCAUCGCAGAAGAAAGCGAGGCCCCCACCUUCGAGAAGAAACUAGAAGGUCACGUGAUCAAACAGAACGAACCCCUGCACUUCCACUGUGUCAUCUCGGGGUCUCCCUCCCCCCAAGUGGUGUGGUCUCUCAAUGGAGUGGUGGUCCAAAUAGACGGACACAGAAUAACAGAGAGGAGAAUUGGGGUGAACUACUACCUGGUAAUCAAUGACGUGGGACCCCAGGAUGCGGGUAUCUACUCCUGCACUGCUGAAAACUCAGUUGGAAAAGCAGUGUCUACUGCAGAAGUAUUUGUUGACGUUGGCGACGACAGUGACAUUCGUGAGCCUUCGUUCCUCAAACAUCUCAACCCAAUUUCACUCUCCGAGGGCGCCCAGCUGAUGCUCCUCUGCAAACUAGACCCAGAAUCAGCACCCCUCGACAUCUUCUGGUUCAAAGACCAUACCCAAGUUAACCCAGACGACAGAGUUGUGAUCGAAGUGAGUGAAGAUUGGUGGGUUCGGCUGCUCAUUGACGAAGUUGAGCCGAGUGAUGGGGGAUUGUACUCGUGUGUGGCCGAAAGCGACUCGGGAAAAGCGACUACAGAAGCAGAAGUUGAAGUCAUCGCUCGCAAGCGUUCAAUCCCCCCGCCAAAGAUAAUCCAGUCCUUCUCUUCUGGGACUGAAAGCAGUGUUCGGGGGAGUGAGGGGAACCCCCUGGAGUCUAGAGUGGGGGAGGAGCUGCGGCUGAAGGUCAUCCUGGACGACAGUGACUACUCUGACCUUUCUGAAGUUAGGUGGUUCAAAGGCAAUCAACUCAUCACUCAGGAUCACAGAACUAAGAUCUACCGCGAGGACAGAGAAUACAGUCUUGUGAUUGUGAAUGUUGAGGAGAGAGACGGAGGCGAAUACUGUGCUGUGGCCACUAACCCCUCGACAGGUCACUCGACCACAUCCUCCUGCUUCGUACUCGUUCAAGUUCACCCAUCCUCGAAUGAAACCUCCCGCUACAUCAUGGGAUCGGGGAACGUCCACGCACCUCAGUUCGCUUCCAGCCUCGAAAACGUCACCGUCUAUGUGGACGACAGAGUCGAACUAAUAUGUCACGUGAGCGGGUACCCCCUACCUUCCGUCUUCUGGACCAAAGACAGCCAACCUCUGAAAGUGAACCCCCCUAGACUAUAUGCAGAUGGGGGAGAGUACACGUAUAGAUUGGUGAUAUCCAGGGUGUGUUUGGAAGACGAGGGGUUGUAUGUCUGUCAUGCUCAGAAUGAAGGCGGCCAUGCCGAGUCAUCAUGCUACAUGAAUGUGCUUCCAUAUGAAGCGAUAUACACCUCCCCCUUACUGGUACCUUCCUCCUACCAGUCUACUUCUUCUUCAAACGUGGCCGCCAGAUCCCCCGCCCUCUCCAUGACGUCAUUGAAUGCCAACUCACUUCCAAGAAACAAGACAAACUCCUCAGGGCCUCCAAAAUUUGUGAAACAACUGAACGAUCUAAGAGUUGAUGAGAACCAGGAAAUGAAACUAGUCGUGGAACUAGAAAACCCCUGUGAAGUCUCGUGGCUCAAAGACAACCGACCUCUUGACCCCAAGCGAGACGGGGUCAAGAUCGAAACUGGCAAAGGAAACAGAUAUCUGCUCACUUUGCCGAAAGCGUCAGUGACAGACUCAGGGAUCUACUCUCUCAGAGCUCAGUCCAAAACUAACAAGAAGCAGUUUUCAACUACGAAUUGCAAUGUAGUCGUUAGAGCCCAUAGAGAGGCGCCUCUGAUUCGGAAGAAGUUGUCGGGCAAGACUGUGAAGUCGGGUCAGCCUCUGAAACUGGAAGUAGAGGUCACCGGCGUUCCCCUGCCCAAAGUCACGUGGUACAAGCAGGAGAAGAAUAAAAACAAGAAGGAGAGAAUAGUCGCGUCUAAGGAGUUCCAAAUUAACCAACGAGAUCAGUGGUUCUCCCUUUACCUACCGGAGACUUUUCCCGAAGACGAAGGAACCUACUCUAUAGUUGCGGAGAAUGUCGCCGGACGAGACUCAGACUCGGCUGUCGUGAAAGUGAUCCUCGCCCAACUAGAAGAAGAAGCCCCGAUUGUGUUAAACUUGAAAACUGCUCUCAAUUCUCAGCCUCAGAAACUAUCAAAAAUGUCUAUCCAGAUUUUAAAGUACCUGGAGGCAGUGACUGUGCAUGAGGGCAACCCAGCAGCUUUACAGUGCGAACUAAGUGGAGGGGGAAAUGACCAGCUGGUUGUGAGUUGGAGCAAGGACGGUGUCUGUGUAGACAAAGACCCAAACUUCGGUUUCUCUUUCUCGAACAAUGUCGCAAGAUGUUUCAUCUCGGAGUGUUUCCCGGAGGACAGUGGCAUCUGGACGUGUACCUUCAACCACCCUUCCGGAAGACCAGAAGACGCUGUCAGCACCAGCACAAACCUCACUUGCAGAGAAGCUGUCGUGAUUGAAACUGAGCCAAGGUCACACGAAGGAGCCUCUCCGGAUGCGACGGCACCUGAGUUCGUGAGAAAACUAACCCCCCAGCGACUAGUGGAGGGGGGACAUGCCAUGUUCUUGUGCGUGGUGUCCGGAUACCCUUUCCCAGACAUCCAGUGGCUCAAGAAUGGACAACCCAUCCAGUCUGGAUACAGGUACCAGGUGCAGAACGAGAUGCACUCCGGCCACUGUUCCCUCUCCAUCUCCUUCAUCCUCCCGGACGAGGACAGUGGCGUGUACACCUGCGUGGCCGUCAAUGUCAAAGGUCAAGCCUCCACCGAUGCGCCGCUGUUGGACGAUGAGUCAUUCAAGAAGUUUGUGUCGGAAGACCAGAAGCGACAGUUUGUCGGGGAGUUGUCCAGUAAAGUCAGGGCCAGAAGUCCGGCUGUGUUCAAGCAGAGCAUCAAAGGAGACCAAAAGAAGGAUGUGUACAUACCCAAGUAUGAACAAAACUUGGCCAAAAAUGUCAACAUGAGGAUGGGGGGACCAGGCGGAGGAGGGGGUGGUCAUCAUCUAGGAGAUCAUCCGCCUCAACCCAGAGGGGGUGGUCAUCAUCUAGGAGAUCAUCCUCCCCAGCCGAGUCUUUUGUCCCCCUCCUCCGCUGUGCCAGACCACGAGAUGUCGGGUACCCUGGGAACCCACAAACCGAGAGAUAGAUUCAUCAUCACUUUCGACACCUGGUCUCACAAGAACGAAAUGCCCAAUGGAGCUCCGAAGCCGCCAGGCUAUGACUUCAAUCCGAAGGCGUUCGAGGAACGACUAAUGAAUGAGAUCGAGUUCCGAGAUGACAAGUUGCGCGCUGUGAAUGCCGGCGGAGCUCCGCAACCAGGCGACAACACUUGGACGACAAUGAAGUCCCAGAAGAGGAGAUGAUUGCACCGCAGUUUGCCCAGAAGCCUCAAAGCCAGAAGCUGAUUGAGGGAUCCACUGUACGGUUCGAUUGUCUGGCUUACGGAUACCCUGCCCCUAGGUUCAACUGGUUCCACAACGGGAGACCUCUCUACCCCUCCCAAAGAGUGGCACUCUCCAGGAGUCUCCGGGACCCCAGCACCGGAACCACCAAGGCCGCCCUGACCCUGUCCAGAG